UACACAACAGUGCAGUGGGUGUGCGCGCGCGCACUGCGACCAUGUCCGAAAAGCAUGUGCUCUUUCGUACGCUAGCUGCGAUAUGGAUACUUCUAGGAAUCACCGCCGAUUGCAUGGUGACGACACACUGGCAAAGAUAUGAUGGCUGGUACAACAACUUGGUCCACCCCAGCUGGGGCUCUGCAGACAGCGCCUUCUCAAGAAAGACCCCCGUCGCGUACGCCGACGGUGUUUACAAGAUGGCGGGCGUCGACCGACCCAACCCGCGCCUACUCAGCGACGCGAUCUUCAAGGGCCGCGACGGCUUACCUUCUAGUCUCAACCGUACGGCGAUGUUCGCCUUCUUUGGUCAGGUCGUAGCGUACGAAAUAAUGCACGGAAUGGAUAAGACGUGUCCGAUCGAAGUCUUCAACGUCCCGAUGACGUCAUGCGACAAGGACGGCGCAUGCGCACCGGAAGCCGGAAACGGCAUGCCCGUAAGCAGAAUAAAAUACGCAGCGCAAACCGGAGAGUCCAUGAACAACCCGAGAGCUCAGCUGAGUAUCUUUAUUGGAAUCCGUGUGUCGUUGAUGGACAGCGCCUUCUCGAGAAAGACCCCCGUCGCGUACGCCGACGGUGUUUACAAGAUGGCGGGCGUCGACCGACCCAACCCGCGCCUACUCAGCGACGCGAUCUUCAAGGGCCGCGACGGCUUACCCUCUAGUCUCAACCGUACGGCGAUGUUCGCCUUCUUUGGUCAGGUCGUAGCGUACGAAAUAAUGCACGGAAUGGAUAAGACGUGUCCGAUCGAAGUCUUCAACGUCCCGAUGACGUCAUGCGACAAGGACGGCGCAUGCACACCGGAAGCCGGAAACGGCAUGCCCGUAAGCAGAAUAAAAUACGCAGCGCAAACCGGAGAGUCCAUGAACAACCCGAGAGCUCAGGUGCAAAAGUAA